GGACGGGGCGGGGCUAUGGAGAGGAGGAGGAAGAUGGCGGGAGGGCGGCUCUGAGGAGACCUCGGCGGCGGCGGAGGAGGAGAGAAGCGCAGCGCCGUGCCGCGCCGGGGCCCAUGUGGGGAGGAGUCGGAGUCGCUGUUGCCGCCGCCGCCGCCGCCAGUAACUGCUGGACCGGAGUGGGAGUGAGGGGGAAACGGCAGGAUGAAGUUCGCCGAGCACCUCUCCGCGCACAUCACUCCCGAGUGGAGGAAGCAGUACAUCCAGUAUGAGGCUUUCAAGGAUAUGCUGUAUUCAGCUCAGGAUCAGGCACCUUCUGUGGAGGUUACAGAUGAGGACACAGUAAAGAGGUAUUUUGCCAAGUUUGAAGAAAAAUUUUUCCAAACCUGUGAAAAGGAACUUGCCAAAAUCAACACAUUUUAUUCAGAGAAGCUUGCGGAGGCUCAGCGCAGGUUUGCUACACUUCAGAAUGAGCUUCAGUCAUCACUGGAUGCACAGAAGGAGAGCACUGGCGUUACUACACUGCGACAACGCAGAAAGCCAGUCUUCCAUUUGUCCCACGAGGAACGUGUCCAACAUAGGAAUAUUAAAGACCUUAAACUGGCCUUCAGCGAGUUCUACCUCAGUCUUAUCCUGCUGCAGAACUAUCAGAAUCUGAAUUUUACAGGGUUUCGAAAAAUCCUCAAAAAGCAUGACAAGAUCCUGGAAACGUCUCGUGGAGCAGAUUGGCGAGUGGCUCAUGUAGAAGUGGCGCCUUUUUAUACGUGCAAGAAAAUCAACCAGCUUAUCUCUGAAACUGAGGCUGUAGUGACUAAUGAACUUGAAGAUGGUGACAGACAAAAAGCUAUGAAGCGUUUACGUGUUCCCCCUUUGGGAGCUGCUCAGCCUGCACCAGCAUGGACUACUUUUAGAGUUGGCCUGUUUUGUGGAAUAUUCAUUGUACUGAAUAUUACCCUUGUGCUUGCCGCUGUAUUUAAACUUGAAACAGAUAGAAAUAUAUGGCCCUUGAUAAGAAUCUAUCGGGGUGGCUUUCUUCUGAUUGAAUUCCUUUUUCUACUGGGCAUCAACACAUAUGGUUGGAGACAGGCUGGAGUGAAUCAUGUGCUCAUCUUUGAACUGAAUCCAAGAAGCAAUUUGUCUCAUCAACAUCUUUUUGAGAUUGCUGGAUUCCUCGGGAUAUUGUGGUGCCUAAGCCUUCUGGCAUGCUUCUUUGCUCCACUUAGUGUCAUCCCCACAUAUGUGUAUCCACUUGUCCUUUAUGGAUUUAUGUUUUUCUUUCUUAUCAACCCCACCAAAACUUUCUAUUACAAAUCCCGGUUUUGGCUGCUUAAACUGCUGUUUCGAGUAUUUACAGCCCCCUUCCAUAAAGUAGGCUUUGCUGAUUUCUGGCUGGCCGAUCAGCUGAACAGCCUGUCAGUGAUAUUGAUGGACCUGGAAUAUAUGAUCUGCUUCUACAGUUUUGAGCUCAGAUGGGAUGAAAGUGGGGGCCUGUUGCCAAAUAAUUCAGAAGAACCAGAAAUUUGCCACAAAUAUUCGUAUGGUGUGCGGGCCAUCGUUCAGUGCAUUCCUGCUUGGCUUCGCUUCAUCCAGUGCCUGCGCCGCUACCGAGACACAAAAAGGGCCUUUCCUCAUUUAGUUAAUGCUGGGAAAUACUCAACAACUUUCUUCACGGUGACGUUCGCAGCCCUUUACAGCACUCACAAAGAGCGAGGUCACUCAGACACCAUGGUAUUCUUUUACCUUUGGAUUGUGUUUUGUAUCAUCAGUUCCUGCUAUACCCUCAUCUGGGAUCUGAAGAUGGACUGGGGUCUCUUUGAUAAGAAUGCUGGAGAAAACACCUUUCUCCGGGAAGAGAUUGUAUACCCCCAAAAAGCCUAUUACUACUGUGCCAUCAUAGAGGAUGUGAUUCUGCGCUUUGCUUGGACUAUCCAAAUCUCAAUUACCUCCAUGACAUUGUUGCCUCAUUCUGGGGACAUCAUUGCUACUGUCUUUGCUCCUCUUGAGGUUUUCCGGCGAUUUGUGUGGAACUUCUUCCGCCUGGAGAAUGAACAUCUGAAUAACUGUGGUGAAUUCCGUGCCGUGCGGGACAUUUCUGUGGCUCCUCUGAAUGCAGAUGACCAGACACUCCUAGAACAGAUGAUGGACCAGGAUGAUGGGGUACGAAACCGCCAGAAAAACCGUCCGUGGAAGUAUAACCAGAGCAUAUCCCUGCGCCGGCCUCGCCUCGCUUCUCAAUCCAAGGCUCGUGACACUAAGGUAUUGAUAGAAGACACAGAUGAUGAAGCUAACACUUGAAGCCUCUGGUCUAGUUUAACAUCUUUGGUUUUCCUACUCUACAAUUCUUUCUUCGACCAACGCAACCUCUAGUACCUUUCCAGCCGAAAACAGGAGAAGACACAUAACACAUUUUCCGAGCUCUUCCAGAUCGGAUCCUAUGGACUCCAAACAAGCUCACUGUGUUUCUUUUCUUUUCUUCUGGUUUAAUUUUCAUUUUCUAUUUUUAAAACAAAUAUUUACUUCAUUUUGCCAAUCAGAGGACAUUUUAAGGAACAAAAACAUAGUAUCUUAUGGAUUGUUUACAAUCACAAGGACACAGAUACCUAUCAGGAUGAAGAACAGGCAUUGCAAGGACCCUCUGAUGGGACGGUACCGAGAUACCUCGGCUUCCGCUUGGCCCGGUUUUGACUGGUUGAAACCGGACAUUGGUUUUUAACUUUUUUGUCCGUUUAUGUGGAGAAUUUUUUCCUUUCCUUCAUACCCAGCGCAAAAGCACUGGCUGCACUUGCAGGGAAAGUGCAACUUAGAGCAGUACCUUCAUUCACGAAGCUACUUUUUAAUUUGAUGUAACUUUUCUUAUUUUGGGGAGGGUUGCUGGGUGGGUGGGAAAUAUGAUGUAUUUGUUGCAUAUAGUUUUCUCAUUAUUUAUGAAACUUAACCAUAAAAGAAUGAUAUAACUCCUGUGCAAUGAAGGUGGUAACAGUGAAAGAAGACAGGGGAAACUAAUGUUGGACCGCAUUUGAGGGUUUAGUCCACAAUACCUCUUUCAUGAGAUAACUUGCACCACUUUGACUUUGAUUUUUCUUUCUUUCUUUUUUUUUUUAAUUUUAAGCCAAAGUUUUAUUACUGAGUUUUUAAGUUGCUGCUGCUUUAGAAUCCUGAGCAUGUCUCUCCUAACAAAGCAUCUAUACACUUCCACACAACUGGUUGAAAUUUUUUAAGAGGUCUGAUACUUUUUUGUUUAAGGAACAGAUGUGGAAUAUAUUUGCCCAUACUCCAACCAUAACAACUGAAGUUAUGCCUUACUAAGCUUCAGCAUUUAGGGUAAUUGAAACCUUUCCUAACUCUGAGUUAGAAGAUAAAGCUAUUUCAGAGACUGCCUACACUUUUGUUGGAUAUUUUUUCAUCUGGACUCACUACUUUAGCCAAAAUUUGAUCAAAUUGAAAGUCUGUCUUGGGGAAACCGUAUAUUUGAGAGCAAAGAACAAAUAAUCCUUCCUCUUUCACAUUACAUUAAUAAAACAGACCUUGGCAGCCAUUUCUCCCAGCAGUUUUAAAGGAUAUUGUAUUUCAUGCCCUCCUGUGAGAGAAAGCCUGCUUUUAAGAUUUUGGGGGUCUAAACUUGGGUCAUAAACAAAAAAUACAUUUCUUAGACAUUUCAGACUCUCAUGGUUUGUGCACAAUGCCCAUUUUUACUUCCUUGUCUAAUUUCUUUCCUGUUUUCCUAAAUCAUCCAAAUAAGCCCCAACCUUAAAGGAUUUUACUUUCUUGAAUGUGGUUGGCACUAAAUUGAGCAUUUUGUUAUCUAUCAAAAUUAAUAUAAAUUCCAGGAAAAAGUGAAGUGUGUUUUAAUCCUCCCAUCCCCGUAGAUCCAGUUGAAGAUUCCAGCAUCAACAUCAGUGGAUUCGUGAAAGUAAAUUACUUCUGUCGUUUUGACGAGAGACAAAUGAGCUGUUAUCACUUCCUUAGUCUUAAACACGUGGGUGUUACCCAUUAAUAAGCCCCUUUUGUCAUCUGCCUUUCUGCCAUGUAUUGUAGGUCUUCACUCAUACCUGUCGUGAUCCAGUAGGUUAUAUUCAAGUCAACUGUUACUGCCAAAAUUCCAUCCACUAUUUGUUAACUGACAAAUAGUUCGUUUCCAAAGGAGUUUAUUCCAGUUUUAUUCUGAUAAACUUCCAAAUUUUUUCCCUUUCCAAAUUGAGAUUUUUUUCUGAAAAAUCAUACAAAAUUUUGGCUUUUGUUGUUUUUUUAUGUUUUGCCAAGCAAUGUUUGUUGGCCCAAAAACUGAAGUGGAAUAGUUUAAUUACCUCUCUCUCUCUUUUUUUUUUUUUUUAGUUUAAAUAAAUUGAAUCAUCAUAAUCAGUGGUAACAAUUUAGUGACCCAAAAGAGAUUAAAGGUUGCAUUAUUUAUACUUGGGAUUUUUUUUUUCUAUUUUGUUUUUGUACUUUAAAACUAUGGGGGAAAUAUCACUGGUCUGUCGAGAAAUAACAGUAAUUAUUACUGAGUUAGAUAAGUCCAGUGGACCAGUCAUUUCUUGUACAAAUAAAACUGGUGGUACUAAUUAAUGUGUAUCCAGAGCAAUUUGAAUUGUCAACUUCAUUUUCUAUUAGUAAAACUAUAUAAUAACACACAUGAAGUCUUACAGUUGACUUUCGGUAUUUGAACUCCCCAGUGUUUUUAUUUCAGUGUAUCCUACGGCCAAUUUGGUCUUUUUUCAAUUGUUACAAUCCUAGGCCCUAAUCAGUAUUAUUUUAUCAUAGAUAAUACAAUGUUAGAAUUCCUUUUCUGAUAUGUUUGUCCUAUAAGCGUAGUCUAUUCAAGAAUGAUAAGAUUUCUGUAACUUUCAGCUUACCAUGACAGAUGCUCAAAUAAGUAUUGAAACACACAGCUUCGUUUUCCUCCUAAAGCUGUAAAGAGAAAAGAGGGCUAUUCCUUAUCAAGAGGAAGAGUUUGGGAGACAGAAUAUACAUUUAAAUUUUUUUCUUUGAAAAAAAAGGCAAUGUACAUUUUUCUCUUCUAAAUUUUAUAUGCCCUAGCAGUUGCCAAUGCUGUGUCCUACCUAAUAUUUUAUUGGAGGCGUCUGUACACUGAAACUCUUAGAAGUCUUAGGAAAUUAAUAUCACAGGGUCAUUUUAAAGGAGCAGCAAUCUAACCAAAGGUAAAACUUUAUCUGAUUUUAGGUUUGGAAAUUCUAGUUUUAUUUUAUUUGAGAAUCAAUUUAUGUCAUCAGUUUAAAUACUCCCCAAAGGAAUGAAAAGGAAGUAUAAAUAAAAGAAUAAAGUUCGUUGACAUGUGUAAAGAAAUUGGAAGACCCAGAAAAAAUGGCUUAUUUUCUACUCACAAGUAUGCACCUAUACUUAAGCCUGCCUAUGCCAUUAGAAUGGAAUGAAUAGUUGAUGGUUUCAUGCCAUACAGAGAGACAAUAAAAUGAUCAAAAAUUAAGUCAUUGUUAAUUGGGUUAUAAUGGUAAUUUUUAAAUUUGGAAAGAAGUUGAAAACCCAUAAACAACUUACUUUCCUAGUAUCUCAUUUUUCUUAAGAAAGCUGCUUAACUUCAGAUUCAGAAGCAAUGAUGUGAGAGAAUGCCUGACACCUCAUCAGUAACCUAUAUGGACCCUUAAAGAAGGACCUAGUCCCUAGGAUCCAUAACUCCCCCAAAUUUUCAACAUGAGAGUUUUAAGAUUUUAACAGAUUUUACCAGAAGUAAGUUGUGGAUAUAUGGUAGCCUUUCACCAUGGUUUGGUCAAAGUACAUUCAUGAUAAUGAGAAAGCAGUUCAUCCUUUCUUAACAAGUGAAGUAAAACAAGUUAAGAAUAAAAAAAAGUGACAUCACUGAGUUGUACAGGCAUCAGAUUAACAGACAUUUAGUUGAAGAAAAAUAAAAUAAUUGUGGAGAUAGCAGAGAGGAGCAGGAAGAUGUUGGAUCCUGGCAGCAAGAAGCAGGACAGUUAGGAAAGUGUGUGAGCUCAGUGGCAUUGGUGAUGCCUUGCUGUUUCUCCUCUCAGUGGUUAUGUUGCUGGUAGAGACCUGCCUUUAUUUUCCCAUCAUUUUUCAUUAUUUUGCAUUAUUCAAGAAAUGGUUCUUUAUGCCCAAAUGCAACUUUCUAAGCAAUAACUGAAAACUUACUGGUUUAAGGAAAAUAAUUGAGAAAAUAACCAUAUCCAUGGCAUUAUUUUAUUCAAAAACUUAUUAUUCUCUGAAGUGAUUACACUUUGUUUGAUAAACAGAUUUCAGAUUAUGAUUCUCCUUAAUUUGCAUGAAAGUUGCCUGUCUUAGAAAAUAAGUACUUCUUGCUAUAUAGCAUAUUUAAAUUUUUUAAAUUAAGAUUGCUUCUCAGAUUCAAAAAAAAAAAAAAAAAGUUCAAUCUAUGGCCUUUUCAACUACAAAAUCGUCACAGUUUUCUCAAACCUAAUAAAAAAGCCAGCAUCAUUACAUAUAAGAUCUGUAGUCACUAGGUUAAGACAAUACAAAUUAUGGUAGAACUUGAGAAAAUGGUGAAGAAGAAUCAAAUUUACCAGCUUAGUUCAUUUUAUGAUGCAUCUAAAUUUUAUUUCUUGAUUAUGAUGAUUAGGAGAGUUAGAGUUAAAAUGAGAUUUUAUAAAUUACUUCAUUAAACAUUUCUGCAUUUUAGGUGUCCAUCUUGGUAGUAAAUCUUAAAAGCUAACUUUCUGCCUUAUAUUUUCAAUCUAUAUAUACAGUGUCAGAGCACAGUGAUAAUGUGGGAUAGAAUUGAUUAUAUUAGAGCAUAAGACAUUUGUAAUGGUCAGUGCUACAAACCAAUAAUUUAACUGGCAUUAAACCACAUCUACUCACCAAACAUGAACAAGUAAAAUAAUCUCAUUAGAUUGGGAAGAGCUUAAUUUAAGUGAUGAGAGGUUUGCCUGGGAUUGGAGAUGAGCCUGCUGAUUGGUACAGUUCAUAAUGGCCUUUCUUACAUAAGUUGGCAAAACUCUGAUAGCUGAGUUGCCCCUUAAGAAUCUUCCAGAAUAUAUUUGCAUACUUAUGGUGGAAGAGGAAGUGAGAGGGACAAGAUGAGAGUUUCCCCUGAAGUGAAGAGAAACAUUAUACUAAUUUUCAUCUAAAGUAUGUUUCCUUGUGGCAGACCUUUGGUUUAUUUUAUUAGUAUAUCAGAGCCACCUUCAGUUUUUUAUGGUGCCAUCAACCUAAGGAGGACAAUCAAAUAACCAAUUGUUUGCCUUGGAUUUAGUGUGUCUGCUAAUUACAGUCUCAUCUUGUAUACCUUCAAACCAGUUACUUGACUAAACUUCCACCAUAUUACCUUAGUUCUAUGCCCUUUCCUCUGUACAACCGCAAAUCAGAGGGGAGACUUAGUACCAGAAAGGUGUGGACUUCUAAGAAAAAGCAAGGAUUCCACCUCACUACCGAAACUUCCUGAAGUUCCUACCCAAAUGUCCCUGAUUGUCCUGUGGCAACACCAGCAUGGUGGGAAUAGGGAGAAAGAUUGUAAGGAAUCCUGAAAGAAUCCUGUAAUUGGUCAUGACAUUGUUAUUCUUUUGAACUGUAAAGUAAAAUUGUGAGCCACUCACAUUUGCAAAAAAAAGCAGAAUUCAAGCUUUAUCACAUUGUUAAGAUUAAUUUCUUGCUAUAUUCUGGAUUAGCACAGAAGCUUGUAUCAAGACUAUUUAGGAGGGGAAUAGGGUGUAAAAUGUAUCUGUCUUUUCAAACCCUCUCCCUCUAGUCAUGUUUCCUUCACCCCCUACCACAUUGUGUUGGUCAAAUGAUACUAUCUAUGAAACCCUGAGCUAUAGUUGUCAAAAGUAACUGGAAUGUGAUUAGUUCUCUGUGGGUGCUUCUUUCCCUCUUUUUUCUCCCUUGCUUUCUUUCUUACUCUCUCCACUCUGGUAAAUGGAAAAGGUGACGUCAAAGAAUUGAUGCUUGCUUGGACUCAUGUUGUAUCUGUGACUAUGCUAUUAGCUGUCUCCUUUUUCCUUAUAUGGGUAGAAUUCUUAUGACGUGUGGAGUUCCCUUCUUGAUAAGUAGGUUAAAUGCACAAUGUGGUACUGUUUUAUAGUUUCUAGAUGGUUGUAUAAAGCAAAAAGUUAAUGUGGUUUUGUGUUUUUAAAAGAAAAUAAGUGAUUGGUUACAAACUCUGUCCUUUUUUCAUUAUUACAAGCUCUGUUUUCCAACA